GAAUUCUGGUCCGCCCGUUAGUCCUGCUCUCCUAGCAUUCCUAGCCCUCGUGCUGAGGCUAACGAGCUGGUAAAGCUCCGGAUCUCUGACAGACCGGCUCCUCUCACUUCGCUUUCCCAGAUUUUGGGCAGUGUAUCGUAAGCCACAAAUUCCAUUCACAAUGCCUGGGUCUCUUCCUGCAAGCUAUGUGGCCACUUGGCCCAAAGACGUGGGCAUCAUCGCUAUGGAGGUCUACUUUCCCUCUCAGUAUGUAGACCAGGCAGAACUGGAGGAGUUUGAUGGCGUCGGGAUUGGAAAAUACACCAUCGGGCUUGGCCAGGCACGAAUGGGCUUUUGCUCAGACCGUGAGGACAUUAAUUCUCUCUGCCUGACCGUGGUACAGCGACUUAUGGAGAGAAACUGCCUGUCAUAUGACAGUGUCGGGAGACUAGAGGUGGGCACAGAAACCAUCAUUGACAAGUCGAAGUCUGUGAAGACGGUACUAAUGCAGCUCUUUGAGGAGUCAGGAAAUACAGACGUGGAGGGUAUCGACACAACUAAUGCGUGUUAUGGAGGCACUGCUGCCCUUUUCAAUGCCGUCAACUGGGUGGAGUCCAGCUCCUGGGAUGGUCGCUAUGCUCUGGUCGUGGCUGGAGACAUCGCUGUGUAUGCCACAGGCAGUGCCAGGCCUACUGGUGGGGCCGGAGCAGUGGCCAUGUUAGUAGGGCCCAAUGCCCCUCUGGCAUUUGAUCGAGGUCUCCGAGGCACCCAUAUGCAGCAUGCCUAUGACUUUUAUAAGCCUGACAUGGUGUCUGAGUACCCUGUGGUGGAUGGCAAGCUUUCCAUCCAGUGCUACCUCAGUGCUUUAGACAGAUGCUACUCAGUCUACCGCAACAAACUUCAAGCGCAAUGGCAAAGAGAGGGCCUUGAGAGACGUUUCGGUCUGCAUGAAUUUGGCUACAUGGUCUUCCACUCUCCCUACUGUAAACUGGUCCAGAAGUCUCUGGCUCGUCUCCUGCUCAACGAUUUCUUGUCUCAUCCCAACCCCAACACAGAAAGUAGUCCAUUCAGUGGUCUGGAAGCAUUUAGGGACGUAAAAAUUGAGGAUACCUAUUUUGAUCGGGAUGUGGAGAAGGCCUUCAUGAAAGCCAGUGCAGAGAUGUUUGAGCAGAAAACCAAGGCUUCCCUUCUCAUUUCCAACCAGAACGGCAACAUGUACACCCCGUCUGUGUAUGGCUGUCUGGCAUCGGUUCUAGCACAACAUACCCCUCAGCAGCUGGCUGGACAGAGAAUCGGAGUGUUCUCAUACGGCUCGGGCUUUGCUGCGACACUCUAUUCUAUCAGAAUUACUCAGGAUGCUACACCUGGCUCUGUACUGGAUAAACUCGUUUCCAGUCUGUCAGAUCUGCAGGCUCGGCUGGACUCCAGAAAGAAGGUUCCACCUGCUAUCUUUGCUGACAACAUGAAGCUGAGAGAAGAGACCCAUCACUUGGCAAGUUACAUCCCCCAGGGUCCAGUGGACGAGCUCUUUCCAGGAACAUGGUAUUUAACUCGUGUGGAUGAGAAACAUCGUAGGUACUAUGCCAGGCGUUCCAUGGACGAGGACAGCCAGCUGGAGGCAGGACUGGUUGAUUCUGUCACCACAGCUGAACAUAUACCCAGCCCAGUAAAGAAGAUGCCCCGGAUCCCAGCCGCUACAGCCACCCCUGAGGCGGUUGCUAUUAGUAAUGGGGAUCACUGAAGUUGACCUCUAUGAGGUACACACACCCACAGGCGGCGGUGAGGACGUGGAUUCUGGACAAAAACAAGGACAAGCAAAAGGAAUGAAGGACUCAAGGCACAGUGUCUGCCUUGGUCUUAAGGCAUAUUAAUGAACAGUGGACACACAGCUUUUUAAGUGCUCCUGGUUAGGACUGGUUAUUCAGUCACUGUGUUUCAGCUGAUCUAUUUUUUGGUGCAAGUUGGGGAAAAGGUUUCUUUGUGGUGGGCACUGUUAUGCCCACUGCUGACACGAUUUUUAAUAGUAAUGGACACAAGCUUGCACACUCUUCAGUGAAGUCUGCUCAGAGCCAAUGAUCUAUGCAGAAGCACAGAUGAAAGCAUUCAGAUAAUUCUGAUGUCAUGAUAGAUGCUGUUUUCAGACGCUUAAUUCUUUGUUUGCAUUAAGCUAGGCUAAAUGUUUGUGAGUGAGAUUUUAGAGUGUGAUGCCAGCGAUUUAAGGUAGGGAGUAAAAGGAAGCAGGACUUUUUACUUCUCUCCUGCUAUUUGUAAGCAAAUGUUGCUUCUUGCCCACCCCACACUGCUGGUAUGUCUGUAAAAUUGUGCGCACGCAUAAGCAAUGGCUUUCUAUAUACCUCUUGUUUUUUAUUUUUAUUUUAUAAAUCCAUAAAUGUAGUCCACUACAUGUAUGACCAAUGUCAGGGAUAUCUGCUUAGGCACAACUGAAUGAGCGUAGAGUAUUAUAUGGAUUUUGUUUAACCCAGUUUUCUCCCCAAUGUUAGUCAUUGCUGAUUUCUGAGAGGGCAAAGGCUAAUUAUCAUGACUGUGGCAUCAGUAGGGAGCCACUUCAGAGGCCUAUUUAAUAGAUAAAUGAGCAGAAUUUCAACAUUGGCCUGAUAUUAAGGUAAAAAUAAGAUCACUAUUCAGUAGCAGGCUUGGAGAAAAUUCACAACCACAUUAAACAUGCUGGUUUGUAAAGGGUCAAGUGACCAGAAACAAUUUAGUGAUAUGUGACCAAUGAUUGAAAUAUGCAAACACUAUGUUCUUUUCCAUUAAUAAUUUAGAUCAGUCAGUUGUUGUCGUGCUGUUGGCUGCAUCUGUAAAUACUUGGCGCUUAAAUCAAUUUAAAUGAGCCUGGGAACUUUUACUUUUUUUUUUCUUUUUAUCAAGAAAAGAUCCAACCUAAAAUGAGUUUAGACAAAAAUGCAUUGAUGAUCAUAAGAGGAUGGUGCAAAGCAAUAUUAGUUGUUUAAUGAAAACUCUAAGCGGCUGAGCCCACUGCAUUCAUGAGUUAAUGUCAGUGGUCUGUUGCUUGUUUUUAUUUCUGACAUCCUUGGGACUACUAAAGCAGGGAAGGUUUAAGGGAAAGGCAGACACACCAGUAUUCAAAUAUUUGAAAAUUUGAUUAUUUAAUCCAGUAAUGCCUUACUGUUGGUCAAUGUUCACAAGGCUACAUGGCACCUACGUAAGUCUUCUAUGACAACUGACAUAAACAUUUAUAAAGGCUUUUUUCCAGUAGGUGUCAUUUGUCAUGAAGGUUGUUUUGAUGUCAAGUUGAGAGAAUAUGUGAGUAAUUUUUUUUCUGAGAUUAGGUUGCCAUGACACUUUCUGAGGUGAAAUGAUAUAGACUUUGUCACCGUGAUAUAAUGCUGAAAAUAAGCUUGCAAAGUCAGGCUGGUGGGAAAAAGUGAGCAUUUAGGUAAAGCUUGGUUUAUUUUACCACUUGUAAGAUUUAAGCUAAGACAGCAUCAGGAUUUUGUCAUUGUGAGUUGUCUUGUGUUGUUAUGAUGUGCUAUGUCAUGUCAGAAAACAAUGUCACCUGACAAAAGUGUUCUGUCAGCUUUCAUAAAAGUUCUCAAAAGCAGACUUUAUGAUAGAGGAAGCCACUAGGAGGCAACCUGCGUUUAUAAAAAAGGUUAUGUAGGUUUAUGUCAGAUGUCAUGAUGAGCUUUUGUAGGCCUUAUGAACGUCUCCCUACAGUAAAGUGAUUUGGCACAGACGAGACAAAAUCAAGUGAUUUGAGGACAUUUUUAGUUUUAGUUUCUCUUCGAUCUUCGUCUUGAUGAACGGACAUACAGUUCAUUUCGUUCUUCCUGAAAUUCCAAACUGAAUGUGAUCUGUUUUUGUAUUUGCUGGAAACUAAUCCUUUUUUGGUCUGUCUGUUCUCGAGCCCCUUGGCUUUAGUUGUGCCAAACUGCCAAAAAGCAGAUCAUUUUCCAAAACCAGUCACAGCUGCAGGUAUUUACUGAGCCUAAAACAGUUUAGUGUGCCUGGCAGUGGCCACUGCAGCAUCGCAUUAACGCUCAGCUGCCUUUCUGUGAGUGGUGUGGUCAGAGGAGAAGAUUCUGUGGUAAUAGAUUACUAUACAACUUACACAAAAGGGCUUACAAAGUAUAUUUAGCCACAGACUACGUGAGAUGAGUGAUCUGACACCACAAGCGGAUUUUGUAUGAUCAAAUCGGAUGUUGGAGGAUCCGUCCAUCUUACGCAUUAAAGGCGAUGCCUAUAACACGAGCUCAGCCUGCUCGAAAAUAAGCCGCCACUCUGACACUUCAUAAGAAACACUUGCAAUCGCUGGGGUCAUUUGCAUUUCCUUGUGAAAUCUUUCAGUAGUGGACUCUUGAGGGAAAGUACUUGUGGUGAUGCUGCAGACUGCUCAGAUUUAAAAAGCCUUAUUCUAAGCAUGUAGAAAACACAGAGGAUGAAAUUCAGAGUAAUAUAAUGUACAGCUAAUUAUCUCUAUAUUUUGUUCCAUUUUGAUUUUGCAGCCAGGGCAGGUCGGCUCUAAGGGUUUAACUUGAAACGGCUAAUGUUUACAAGAGGUUUCUCUGAGAUCAGUCAGUUAUAUACCAGUUUUUGGUGAGUAAUGUACAGUACUAACUGUAAAAUUAUUUAUAUUUGUAGAUGUAAAGAGCAAUUGGUGUCUGAUCAUGCUUAACUUUUGUAGAGAACGAGCUGUAUAAAAACAAAGAUGUAAUAUGUACGAAUGUGUAAAGAGCUGAGAAAUAAAUAUCUUCAUUUAUCCAU